CACGUGGUGUUGUUAUUAUUUCCCCUCACUUCCUGGAAUGCGCAGUCAUGUGAUCAUGUGAUGCUUCCUUGUGUGUCCAGUUCCGCUGCUGUUUAACGCACGGCAUCUUGGUCAGUAGCCUACUGUGUCAUUAUACAACAUUUAAUACUUUCCUGCUGUUAUCUCCGUGCCUUGCGUUGUUCAUGGAAUGGCGGACAGUGAACGAUCGCCGUUGCUGGCUGAUACGCGAGAGGAGCCGACUGAGGUGUCUGCAGGGGAGAGCCAGUAUGGAGUGCUGACCAAACCUCAGAGUCUACCCCCCUUCCCCAGCGGUCCCCAGGAGGCUCCGCCACCCUACUCCCCCCUCGGCUCCCCAGACAGCAGCAGUGCCCCCGUUAUUAGCUGCAGGGUGUGUCAGAGCCUGAUCAACGUCGAGGGCAAGAUCCAUCAGCAUGUAGUGAAAUGCGGCGUCUGCAACGAGGCUACGCCCAUAAAGAACGCUCCUACUGGGAAGAAGUACGUCCGAUGCCCCUGCAACUGCCUGCUCAUCUGCAAGGUGACCUCCCAGAGGAUCGCAUGCCCACGGCCAUACUGUAAGCGGAUCAUCAAUCUGGGCCCGGUCCAUCCUGGGUCGGUAGCUGCCGAGCCUCAACCCACUGGGGCACGCGUGUGUUGCGGACACUGCGCCAACACCUUCCUGUGGACUGAGUUCACAGACAGAACACUAGCGAGAUGCCCGCACUGCAGGAAAGUGUCCUCUAUUGGCCAGCGGUACCCGAGAAGGCAGAGCUUGUGGUGCUACCUGUUAUGUUUGCUGUUCGCCAUCGCCACGGCGGGCCUAAUAGCGGGCACGUGGGUCCAGACCCAGACCAACAAGCUUAUCUACUUGGCAUGGGCGGUUCUGAUCGUGCUGCUGCUGCUGAGCCUGGCCCGGGCCAUCUACUGGACCUGCAUGAAGAUUAGCGAGCCCCUACAGAGCUACGCCUGAGCUACCAGCAGAACCAGAACCAGAA